AUGAAUGUCUUAAUCUGCCAACAACAGAAGAGACAAUGCACAACAUAUUUAGGAUGUGUGAGGAGCGUAGAGCAGUGUGCAUGGCAGUGCUUAAGAGGCUGUUAAUCUUCUUAGAGCUGCUAAGUACCCAGCUAAAAAUUAGCUAGUGUCCAGAUUGUUCCUUCCUGCCCCAGAUAAACGACUCAGACGACAACAAAGAGUUAGCUCAAAGAAAUAUGUGGCAGAGUGUUCACGCUGGCAGGAAAUAUGCGCUUCCUCUCCUUUGGGAGCUGUGCUGACAGAGCGGUGGGAGAAGUUUUGGUGGGCCUCCACGACUUGAAGAUGUUUGGCAGCGGCUCCAAGAAGUGGUUUGUGAAGAAGCAGAAGAAGCAGCAGCAGCGAAAAUUUGGCAAGCGGCCAUGCACCAGGAAGAGGAAGAGAUGGGCGGCGAAGAUCCUCAAAGAGCACAGAGAGCAGAUCCUCAGUGAGCUGGAUGUCAACGCCGUGCUGCCCUACCUGGUGUACGACAAGGUCUUCUCACUGGUGGAGUACAAGGAGAUCCUGGGACAGGAGUCCAGCAGGGGACGGGCGGAGGUGUUCCUAAACCACCUGUCCUCUAAAGGGCCCGCUGCUUUCUCCUCGUUCUGCUCCGUUUUGGAGGAGGUGUGUCCCCGCCUGCUGACCUGCUUCCUGUUGGAUGGAGAAGAUGGAGUCCCAGGACAGAGCAAGAAAGUGGGGUUCUCUGUACCCCCAAACAGUCCGGCAGAGCAGCCUCUCUGUCCACCCCCAAUGUACACGAAUCCUAUGUUCAACACAAGCAGGAUGCUUCUGCUGAAACCUGUGAUUCAGGCGGUUUUGCUAGGAUCGUAGGCCUUCCUUGCGUUUAAGCAGCUGCCUCCAAACAUGAAGAAAAUGAGAUGCUGGCAGGUUGAAGAGAAGGUGGAGGAGGA